GGCUCAAUUUCCGCAGAGCCAUUAAGGUUGCUUCAGUCGUGCUUUGACUUUGUUCGGUAGUUUUUUAGCGUCGGCGGUGAUGUGCGCAUGCGCGUGUGGUCUUUAUUUUAUAAUUUAAAUCUUUCCUCCUGCGAUUGAUACUGGUAAGUAGUGCCAUUAUUUAACAGUUCCCCCUCAACUACACGUAUUUUUCCACAUUUGGUCUCGCACCUCGCCUUCGGUCAUUUCAUCUCAUAUCGAAGUCGGUCUUUCCACUGCCUGCGCAAUUAUUCCAUUAAGGAGUUUUACUGACAGUGACAACUACGCGAUACUGUUCAUAUUACCAGAGGCAAAAAUCAGAAAAGCCCGGAGCCGGAGGGAAAAAAAAUGUCGUGGCUCUGGGACAAGGUUGGCGACCUGAUCGCCUUCGUGCGGCUGCCGAAAGAGGUGGUGAUCGAGAACCGGCGGCUGGGGUUCUUGCACAAGCUGCUCACCUUGGCCACGCUGAUAUUUGUCUUGUACACCAGCAUCACCGCCCAGAUCUGGAACGAGCGGUUCGUGCCGGUGCACAGCUCCGUGUCCCUGUGGUCGGGCAGCCCCCCCGCGUACGACGCCUCUGCCACGCCGCUGCCGCAGCACUGCGACACGGCAACCCUGGCGGCCACUUACAACUACGACUGGGAUGCGACCGAGAAGUACCGCCCCGCACAGUGCUUGCCGAUGCCGGUGGGCGAGCACAUGUGGAAGCUGGGGUCGCAGAUGUACAUUCCCACCUUUGUGCAGGACUCGCUCUACGACGGGAACAGCACCGCCUCUGGCCGCGCCGAGUGGUUCGUGGCCAACGUGGAGGAGCAGGUCUUUUACUUCAACCACGGCUACGAGACGAACACGGAAAAAAGCUCGGACGAGAUCCAGCAGGGCCGCGAUUCGACCCAAGCGGAGAUCGGCGAGCCGGGCGACGCGCCGACAACCGUAUCGGGCCAGGAGGGGCAGAUUCUGACCGUCAUCCAGAACGAAAGUGGCUCCCGGGAGUGCGUGGUCGGCGGACGCUCUCGGUGGGAACCGGCCGAUGCCUCGAAGGGCAUCAACGGCAAGCUCAAGGAGUGGCUCGCUUGUGCCGGUGUCAAUCUCGACAGCGACGCACCAAAGGUAUACUAGUCUAAAACUAUGCUUCCAAAAAGGCUGAGAUCACGCGCGCGCGGCUUUUACUUUUUUCAUUUUUUGUUUGCACUAUUGUUUCAUCUCUAUGUUCUUGCAGGGGCAUCGUCUUCCUUGACAGCGAACCGCACCUAGGCUCUUGUCGCUGUCAAGGAAGACGAUGCGCAGCUAAACCGCAUGCACAAGCAACGACAAAGUGCUUUCGUGAUUAUAAAAAAUAAAAAAUGGUCGAGUUAAACGCGGCCGCAAAAGUCAAUGCCUUCUUGUGUCCGCCAUCCGACUUCAGAGAAGUCGUACUGAGUCUACUGAACAAGUACAAAUCAUAUAAACUUAUCGCUUGAACUUGAACUACAGUUGAAGACGGGGCUUGCCGGCGAAGUUGGGACACCCAAAAUGCGCGUGACGGGGAUGCAGCUGAAGCUGCAGAUGGUGUACCACAACGCGAAGGAGCACAAGGAGGACUUCGAGGGCGUCGUGUGCUACGUGCGUGUGCGUGCGGUGCCCUUGUGGAACUCGAACCAGGUGGUGGCCUACACCGCCGUCCCCAGCCUCGGUUCUGCGUCGAACGCCGACGGCAAGUACCGGUACCGCUACCAAUACGGGGUAUCGGUGACCCUGGAGGCCACGGGCCGCUUCUCGUUCUUCGACCUGAACGCGCUGAUCACGGGUAUCGUGAACGCGCUGGUCCUGCUCGCAAUUCCGACCACCGUGAUCAAGGUGAUCGCGCUCAACUGCGCGGGCCCUGCCUCUGCGGUGUACACGCGGGUGCAGGCAGAGCCGCUGGACCUGACCAAGGCGAUCUACGGGACCUGCGCCCGGAAAAUCGUCACCGCCCAGGUGUACAAGGCCAUGAUCGAGAACCGGAACAAGAAGCGCAAGUCCUCGGCGUCCGAGCCUGGCGACAACGUCGUGCCUUUCAACGAGGAAUUUCUGGAGCAGAAGUUGGUGGAAUGCUUGGCGCAGUGCGUGCAGGACGGGCAUCUGGACGAGAAGGAUCUGCUCUGCAUGACGCAAUCGAUGAUGCACGGACUGGACGUGGACCGGACGGGCACCAUUCAGCUGAAUGAGUUCGUGGAGUCGUGCAGCAUCGGGGACCAGGUCUCCUCCACGGAGUUGGGCGCCUUCUUUGACCUCGAACGGGAGCGGGGCUUCCUGGAGCGACUGUUCACGGACCGGAAGAUGCGGUCGAUGAUCAACAAGGCGCACGACCACGAGGCGGAGGCGCGCGCCUCGAUCGAGACCCGCAAGUCGGAGAGAGAACGCCUUGCGGUGAUGGCACUGCAAAAUGGGGGCGGGGAAGGCGAGGCAGGAGCGAUGCCUGUGCCGGGGCAGGAGCUGGACGGCUUCAUGGAAUUGGAGGACGAACAGGAGGAGGGUCGCCCGCAGCCCGAGGCCUAUGGGAGGACCGCGCCGGCAGGGGCGCGGGUGCAGGACGUGGGCCUCGACAUCGAGCUGGAGCGGGAGGACCGCGCCCACCGGGCGAAGAAGCGCAGUUCGGGCCGCAGCGGGGGCAGCAGCGGCGACCUGGGCGGGGACAGCGGGACCCGGCGGGGGUCCCAAACCUUCCAGUAUUACAACGAGACCCGGAUCGCCGAUCCCGUCCUGUCCUACGCGGAAACCCUGGUCGCGCAACACGUGGUGAACGAGCGCGGGCAAGCACAGGUUGGCGUCGAUGCAGAUGAACAACCUUCGACGCGGAAGUUGUCACGCGGGAGAAAGUCACCCGCAGAAGCACCGUGGCCCUGAAUAGAAGUUCCGUUCGGGCCGGAUGUUCAGCGUCACCGUAGCGAACGAUUUUGCCUUUAAGUACCAUAUUUCGUUUAUCCGUACUAAGUAAAAACAUGGCAUUGCUCUCAAUUUAUUUGCACGGUUAGUUUUCAGUUUCACGAGUUUUGGUUUUCAUAAAGUAGGGUCGGUGACGAGAUUGAGAAGUAAUCAUGCACUUCUCACGUCUUGUUUGGAAUUGCAACACUGCCGUAACGAAACCAAAUGUAAUGUACCCGUAUGAACCUAAAUCACAAGCGCAUUCUCUUUCACGCCCACACUCACAAGCAUUCCGGAGCUGCAUGUAGCUUGCCCUGCGUUGCUCCGUGACAUCUGUCAGUAAGCACCCCCAUCCCAAACGGUAUGAUGAAUACUCCACUAACCCCGGUGACUAUAUUUUCAAAGUUAGUUGUACUAUUUAUUACACUAUUCCCUUUCCGGCCUCUGCUGAAGAAAAAAAUUGUUUCAUCUGCAUUUCUGGAUCGUAUCGCAUCUGUAUGUACAAUUAGAACAGUAGGCAGGAGUACCAAUACACUGACUGCCAAUCUGGACAAAGACUGGUUAAGAAUACGAAGAACUACUGUCCAUCUGAGUGCACGACAACGAGUCCGAAUAAAAUGCUACUUAACGUCAACGGACCCAGAAGAUCUUCCCCGUUCUCCACAAAAAAGGUGCUACUUUGAAGAUUCCCU